AUGGUUUUAAUUACAAAACGGUUUACCAAAAUCUUUAAGCUGUCACUGGUGGCGGCACUGUGCUGCGUAGCAUUCGUGCUGUCGAGCAAGUACGUCGACAGGGACAUGCCGUCGCGGGAUUACCGUGAAUACUUGAAGGAGUACAUUGAUACCUACACAAAGGCCGCAGGUAGUCUUAAAGAAGAUGGCUCUGGUGAAGCGAGUCCAGGUCUGAGUCAAGACAAAGACGGUGGGAGUGGUGGUUUAGGUAAUGACAUGAAAGAAGCAACCCCGGACGACGCUAUGAAGUCCACUGGCGGAACUUUGAGGGACACUAAGCGUAAGGAGAACAUGCACCAAUUUUACAAGCAGGUGUUUAAAAACCUUCGGAUGAACUCUCCCAUGGGCAAAUCGUCUCGGCAGUACGAUAGUCGGUGUAAGCUCAGUGGCGAUAUUGGCGGUCGGCCGGACGACUACAACAAUUGGGAUAAGUUGACUAGCAAAAAUUUGGGGGAGUGUUUAAUCAUAUCGCCCAAAGAAAAGGCGUUGCUCAAGAGUAAACAUCACGAUUUUGUCGAAAGUUUGAAGCCAUUAGUGCUGCCCAAAGGCACCUAUAAAGGCGACGGGAUCGUUACGGUGGGAGGAGGCAAGUUUUCGGUGCUCUCAUUCUUGAUCAUCAAGACGCUGCGUAAUUUAGGGACCACAUUGCCUGUUGAAGUCUUCAUUCCGCCAAAGGAUGAGGGAGAGACAGAAUUUUGCGAGACUCUUCUACCCAAAUACAACGCCAAGUGUAUCUUUAUUUCGGAUGUGCUACCCAAGGAUACCAUCGAUAACUUCAAUUUUGAAGGUUAUCAAUUCAAAUCGAUUUCUAUCAUUGCUUCGAGUUUUGAAAACCUGUUGCUGCUAGAUGCUGAUAACUUCCCUAUCAAACCUUUGGACAAGAUUUUCGAUGAGGAACCAUACAAGAGUCGUGGUAUGGUUCUAUGGCCCGAUUUUUGGAGGCGUACUACAAACCCUGCAUAUUAUGACAUUGCAGACAUUUCUGUUAACUACAAGAAAAGGGUGCGUAACUGUAUGGAUGAUAUGACUCCGCCCCAAUUAUACACUCCGGAUAUGACAGACUUGUCAAACGUUCCAUUGCAUGACUUGGAGCAUACGAUCCCAGAUGUGUCGACGGAAUCGGGCCAAUUGAUGAUCAGCAAGUCGAAGCACUUAGCCACAGUGCUCUUAUCGCUUUAUUACAACGUGAAUGGCCCUUCGUGGUAUUAUCCAAUCUUUUCUCAGAAGGCCUCCGGUGAAGGUGACAAGGAAACGUUUAUUGCAGCAGCCAAUUACUACGAACUGCCAUCCUAUCAGGUUAAAUCUGUAACCGCAGUGGAUGGGUAUCAUCAGCCCUCGGGGUUCCGUGGUGUGGCCAUGCUUCAACACGAUUUUGUGCAAGACUACCAACGAUACCGCUGGGCCACUAACGAUAUUAACACAAAGUAUUCUGGUCAAGCGCAGCAGUAUAUCAAACUUGAUCCGGACUACACGCCGGAGGCGGUCUACAAGAAGUACUUCGAGCCGGAGGACCUCAAAGAAGUAGAUAUCAUGUUCGUGCAUUCCAAUCUGCCCAAAUUUGAUCCCUUCACACUGUGGUCAGACCAAGACCUAAUUGUGGAAGGAAAGCACAUUCGGUCAUACACUAAUUUGAAAAGACUCAAUCACUACGAUCUGGAGCUUGAAAAUUUCAAGGCUUUUAACGAAUAUCUGUGCGUUCAUAGAUCUCACUUCAAAUAUUUGGACGACAAAUUGGGCGGAGACCAGAGAAAAUGGAAAGGCAUGUGUUCGUAUAUCAGCGAUCGGCUGCGGUUCCUGGAACGCACGCAUUCAGAUGCCAUCUCAUCAUCUUAA